GUCGUUGCGUCCCUGUUAAACGUGGCCCGCGCGCCUGUUACGUGAGCGGGCGCAGGGGCGCGUGAAUCGGCCCACAGCCAGCUGUGGCCGUUCGCGGCUGCGGUCGUCUCGGUGAGCCGUUGGUCGGGGCCGAGUGCCCCCGAGAAAUGGUCUCUAGGUUAAACGCAGUUUCGACGGUGGUCCUGUUUACGUUUCUUCUCAAGAUCGCUUUGAUACUCUUCAGGCUCUUAGCGAGAAGAGGUAGGGUGUACACAGCCGUUGAAACGGAAGAAAUCUUGAGCGGUCUCAUCCGAGUGUUGAUCCUGCUGAUGUCAUACAGUCUUGUAAGUCACCUGAAAUCGCUGUCUGAAGGCCACAGCACCGGACGAAGACUCGCACUUGCAAGCUAAGAAGAUGUACAUUGAAGACUCUACAAUAGGAGUGUUUGCAAUUGCAGCUAUCAUGCUCAGGAUACAGUCCAAUCUCUGCUUAAUUUAUGGCAACCUCGAUAAAGAAGAACGUGACCGGUAUGUCACUCUCAACUUAGUUGCUGGCGCACUGUGCGAAUUUUUUGGAUUAAUGUACCUGUUGGAUUUUGUAACCUCCAGGCAAAAUGAAUCCUUGAGCAUUCUGCAGUGCAUUGUACCACGAAUUACUUCCGUCCAUCCCACUGCACCAAGUGUGGCACCUCCGGCCAACUCAGCUACAACUCCCUAGCAGCUGCAGUCACUUAAGCGCCAAUGUUCAUCUACAGCAAGAUAAUCUACAGAUGGCUCAAGCUAUCUCUUCUGCUGAACAUUGUGCUGUUCGUAUUCACAGCUAAGUUUUGCCAAUCACGGCCUUUCAAAGUGCUUCACAGUUUUGCAACCAGGAUCUCGGGCUAUCUGGCUGUGCUUGCAAUAUGUGCAGAUUACAGCGAAGAGCUCGAACUGGAGUGUGCAAAAUGAAUCAACUGUAAGCAGCACAAAUUGAUGGAGUCUACGCCAACAGCAGAAAUGCUGCAAAUUCUAUACUACAAAUAAACGUUGCAAAAAGCUUUCAUCUUGUA